AUGGAGAAUUUCCCCGGAUACGUCCAAACCGUGCUCCAGCACCCAACCGUUCAGCAAAUCACCUCCUCCCCACUUGCAUCCAACAUCGCCCAUUUACACACGACAUACCUCAACCCCUCUCUCGCGCACGUCCGAGAAACCUACGUCGACCCAUCGCUCGCCCAUCUGCGCAUGACAUACCUAGACCCCUACGUCGUGCAGCCUCUGGCGCACCUUCUCGCCUCAACGCCCGAUCUCGCCUCCGUCAUUGUCCUAGUCAUUGUCCUUUUCCUCUCGUUCAAGAUCCUCGACUAUACGCGCCGCGCGGUCAUGUUCUGGGUUUGGUUGACGAUGAAAUUGGCUUGGUGGGUUACGAUCUUUUCGCUGGGGAUAUACAUGUAUAAUGCCGGGUGGGAGAAGGUUGCGCGCGAUCUAGGAUUUGUUUUCAAUUUCCUUGUCGGGCUGUUGGAGCAGUUUGGGCAUAAUCUGGAGGAAUCGACUGCGCGCGCUGGGGACGGGUCUUCGGGGCAGCGUCAGGCGGGCUGGCGGAGGAGGUGA